AUGGACUCUGCAGGACUUCCUCGCAGAACUCAGGUCAACAUCCAAGCUUUAAAGCCAAUUCUGCGCGCUUAUGCAUUAGGGCACAUAUCCUCAACUGCACCCAGGAUUAUAUCAUGGUUACAACGCCUCUGGAAAAAUGAAUUGGAUCAUAAGCAGAAACUCAAAGAGCUGUCUUUGGUCUUGAGAAACUCAUUAAGACUAGAGAGCUUCCCAACAUUCUGCGGGCUUCUUGUUGGGGGCUCCAGCAUUUUGCCGCAUCUAUGCCUUCACAUUUUGCAGCGUGCGAGUCGUGCUCUUGGCUCACGGGCUGCCACCCUUAAUUCAGCGAAAUCUCUGCGGUUGAUCCGGUUUAUUGCUACCUUGGUUUCCGCUUGGUUCACCUUUGGACUCCUCAAUAAGAAGCCCAUUGCAUUACCAAGUCAUUUCGAGGAACGCCACAAUGGUGCAGGGAUAAAGAAUGUUUCCGGGAAACAUGACGGUAAACCCGCAGCUCAUGGUCAUCCUCAACUUGCCGGUAGGACAAUGGAUCUUACUCUCUUCAGUCUUACUAGAGCGGUGGAUUCAAUGGCCUGUAUGGCGUGGGCGCGAUGGCGACUACGACGCAAGCAACAAGGUCACUGGACUCUCGUGGAGGCUUUUGCGCCUCAAUUGACUGAUGCAGGUUUAUUUGCAGCCAGCGCCGCAAUAGUGAUGUGGGCAUGGUUUUAUAUGCCUGAGCGGCUACCAAGGCGCUUCGCCGAGCCAGAAGAGGGACCUUCGUCUAUGGGAAAGACACGGGCCAAGCUCCUCUUCUCCAACCCAUGUGCGAAGAAUAUUCCUGGCCUGUGGAAUGGGGAGACCCAAUGA